AUGAGCGAUCCAUUUUCCAUCGUAGCAUCAGCGGCAGGGCUGGUCGGGUUCGGCUUAAAGACCUGUACUGCAGUGACGGAUUACCUAGAUGCCAUCAAGAGCAGAAGCCAGGAAAUCGAACGUGCCAAACAUGAAGUGCAAACAGUACAUCACUUACUGACGACGACAAAGAAUUCAACGGUCAAGAUCUCUUCCUGCCACGAGUCGUCGAAAUCGGCGGUGAGGGCCUGCUUGACAACUUGCAACAAGGAGAUCGCAGCUCUAGAGGCCCUCAUUCCCGAGCUGCAGGGCUCUACGGCUGUGGGCCAAGACAGUAACAUCUGGCACAACAUAAGAGAUCAGGGAAAGAAGCUCACGUAUCCAUUCCGCCGUUCGAAGCUUGACAGGCUGCAGGCUCAGCUGGCCAAGGUUACGCGGACACUCCAGGUGGCCUUGCAAGUGGCGGGAAUAGAUGUCGUCGUCGGCAUCGAAAACACCGUCAUGGCCAUGCACACCUCGACCUUGCCCAGCGCCGAGGCAUCUGCCCUGGGACUUCACCAGAAAGCUGUUCUCGACUCCAAGGUGAGCCUCGUCACCCAGGCCUUGGAGAAACGAGGCUUCGAGAUACCAUCGCCUUUACGCCUCGACGUCUGUCUUAUAAACAGGGUUGGUCGGCUCGAUACGCUCAACAAGGAAUUCGAUCUAUACCAGCCUGUAUCUAUGUUUCAUCAGAACCCCCUCAACACGCCCUUUGGCGCCAACUUUGAAACUCUUUUCCAGCUUGGGUUUCGUGAUUUUGAGGAGCCUGCCUCCCCUGAACUCUCACCUCUGCUUUCUUGGCUCAUAUGCCCUGUCUAUGUGCUCCGCUUUGAGGCGGAAAUUUGGGAAGUCAACCGCAUCAACGCUUGCAUUUGGCUGAUCGACCACGGGGCCAACUUGUGGGGUCCAAUUUCCGAAGAUAUCCCUGCGACGACCGCUCAUUAUCUUUACGCUUCCCUGAAUCUUUUGGAAGACAGGAUUCUGAUGACAGAAGCCGCAAGAUUCAAGGCUCAGAUCUUGACGAGGACUUUGUCGACUCAGGAUGUCCGCGACAGCUGCCACUGCAGAUGCUCUCCCGGCGGGUGCUCCCCAUUCGUAUGGUUUAUCAGGAGCCAUAUCGACCAAGACCUCUCUCAUCUUGGUCCUAUCGAUCAUGGGAAAAAUACCAUUGACCAAUUCCCGCUAUUCUUAUGGAGGUGGAAGCCCGUUGUCAGAGUGGAGCAACUCCGAUCGGCAAUCCGCUACCUGGCCUUCGAAAUUUUGGGAAUUCGACACACAUGCUCUCAUAAGUAUACCCGAGUAGACAAGCCGUCCGCGGAUGAGAUCGAAGAGCUCAUGAGCGAAGAUGCCUCGUUGCUGGAGCUUCUAGAAGAGUUGGUAGAGGAAUUUGAUUCGGCACUCCAAUCCUUCAUCACGGAAGAGGAUCCUCUUGGGCUGCCUUUUUGGCAGACUCACUGGUCAGCACGCAUGACGGAAGUGUUUGGAAAACUCAAUGACUACAGAAUGGACCAGAGUGAGCUGCUCUCGGCUCAACGACUCGGUGUGAUGUGGCAUGAUUUAGUUGGCAGUCCAGAAAAGCAUCAGAUACAGCAGGACGGGAGUAUUUCUCAGAGCGGGACAGGCUCGGGCGUUCAGAUUGACGAUGUUUCGUAUCGUGAAUCGGACUGGAGUGUUGAUGUUGACGACGAGAGAAUGUGGCGCACAUUGGAGUCAUUGGAAGACUGGAGAUCCAGAUUAGACCUGAUCAUGUCCAGAGCCAUUCCCGGUUGGCGGUGA